UACAAGUAGACGGAGUUGUGCCGAGUGGAUAUUCGGACGACGCAUCAGGCACUUCGAGUUGAGUGGCCUGCAUCCAGAUAUAUCCGACGUCUGAUUCUGUUCCCUCUGUAGCUCUCUUAGUGCCUGAAUCCCGCCUCACCUCUGCCCCUCACCUAUCCCACCUCCAGGCCUUCGCACCUUACAUCCGCAGUCAUUCAAUAUGUCUCCUCCCGAAAACGACCAAGGCCCCAUACCAGUCAUCGACAUCUCCAGGCCAUCCGAGACAGUCGCUCAGCAGGUACUGGACGCAGCUUCUACCCAUGGCUUUCUCUACAUCAAGAAUGACGGUGUGACCAUUCCACCACAAGACAUCGAUGACAUGUUCAAGGUGUCCCAAGGGUUUUUCGCCGCCCCCAAGGAGCACAAAUCGGAAUUCGCAAUCCACUCGGAAAAGGCUGGCGGCAUAAACCGGGGUUGGGUUCAAAUGCAAGGCGAAUCACUAGAUCCCCAAGGCCAAAAGCAAGGCGACCCAAAGGAAGCUUUCAACAUCGGACCUCCCAACCCAACCCUUCAACCCCUACCUUCACCACUCCGAGAAUCGUCUGAACUGAUAUCACGUUUCCAAUCAUCAUGCCAUGCCCUCUGCACAAACAUACUCUCUCUCCUCAACACCGCCCUACAAAUCCCCGAUCCCCAUUACUUCAGCACCCGCCACGACCAAUCCCUUGGCCUGUCCGGCACCAUCUUCCGCAUGCUAUACUACCCGCCAACCUUAUCCCAGGGAAAAGAGUCCAAGCAAGGCGAAACUAGUAUUCGUGCAGGCGCACAUUCAGACUAUGGCAGUCUCACUCUUCUCUUCCGACUCCCGGGCCAACCCGGUCUUGAGCUGUCUACGCCUUCAGGUUGGAGAGCCGUGCCUGUGGAUCCAUCCCCAUCGACUAACCAAUAUCCUCCUAUCUUGGUAAACAUAGGUGACUUGCUGUGUUACUGGACGAAUGGAAUGUUGAAAUCUACUGUCCAUCGUGUUACAUUCGAGGGUGGACAAGAGAGGUACAGUAUGGCGUAUUUCUGUCAUCCGCUGGACGAGGCGAGGUUGGAUGCUGUGCCUAGUCCGGCAAUUGAGCGAUUUGGCAACAGAGGGGAGGAAGAAUUGAGGAGUCAGAGAAAGAGGCUGGGACUAAGAGAGGAUGGAUUGGGUGAGGAGAUCAUAACAGCCAAGGGACACUUGGAAAGAAGGUUGAAGGUGACGUAUGGGAUAUGACAAGAUCUAUUAUGCUUGGAAUGGUAUUACGAACGCCACACUAUGCCCUUUGCCUAACCAAAACACCUCGCUAUGCUUUG